AAAAAUCGUCGCUGCAAUCGCAAACCGUGGGUUGUGGCGGCUCGAAGAAACUUUGUGCAACAGGCAAAUGCAAAAUAAGCUGAAUAAAGCUGAGAGAAAAGAAAAGAAUAGUGCUACUAUAGUAACAUUUCCGAGAUCAUGGUGCUAUGGGAGAUUACAUUGGGAACUGCGUAUUUUUUAGGUUUAAAGCGAACUUACAGACUCGCUCUCAGGAUUCAACGUAGGAUCAUAACCUCUAAUCACUCUCAGAUUCGCCAAUUUCUUCAUCGAAGAACACGUUCUGUAUUUGAUGUGGCAGUCAAAGUUCAUCAGAACAUUCAAGAAAGGGACAUAGAAGUGGGUCAGAAUCUUGGAAACUUCAUUUUGCGUUGGCUUGAUCGAAUGAAACCGUCAGCUCAGAUUCAUGGUGGAUCACCCACCAUUGGUGCUAGCUCAAGUGUAAGAAUGACAAAGCUUCAAGCUGCCUCUUCCAACUUCAAAAAACCUAGUUACUAUACCUUAUUCAAGAGGGGCUCAAACAAGCGUUUAUUUACCCCAUCAUCAAGUAUAUGGCCAAAGCCUUUCCCCACCAUUGCAAAUAUGUUGCGACCACUGACUCCUGCUGGGAUGACCACACAUUAUCGGAACCUCAGUUACUAUCCUCGUGAUGCUUUUGGAUCAAACUAUAAUGCUUAUCGUUCAGGCGGUGUUAUUAGGAAGGAUAUCCAGCAAUGGAUGCUGCAAAACUAGUGACCAAUUUAUUUUCCAAGGGGACCAGUGGCUUAAGAAAUAACAUAACUGUUUUGCAGUCUGCAGAUGCUGGAAAGUGAUGGUUAGUAACAGAAGCUCUUCAAAUUAUCUUUCCCUAUCCAAGGAAUUCAUUUUUUUCAUUUUAGUUUCUUUGGACUUUGUAUAGUCGGUUGAGCUUCCUUCUGGAGAAUGAACUGUGGAACAUUUGUCUGUAGUUUUUGGUUUAAAGAACUAGCUAUUGUUAUAUAGCAUGUGUUGAUUAAAAUAAUGACCAUUUUAUA